AAGGUACAAACCUUUCGUUGUUUCGCUUUCUUGUUUCUUUUGAAACCCAUUGUUUCCUUGGUUCGUUUUCUGUGUUCAAGAAAAACCCACAAUUUCUUUCUUUGUUUUCUUCAAGAGAUUUGGUGGGGGUUUAGUCUAUGAGCUGGGGUUUUACUCUGUUCUUGUUGGUCUUCAGUUGUUUGAUCCAAAAGGGAAAUGAGCAAAGAUGCCGUCUUGGCUGGGACAGAUGGUUCUUUCCUGCUGGGAACUGGUGGGUAGAAUUUUGGGUACGAGCAAGGAUGAUGUUAGUGAUGAUGAUGGUCCUGAUGAUUCCUUGCUCCAUUCUCCGCUAUUCUGGAGCAGAGACCUUGAAAAGCACUCCUGUGGCGAAUUCUCAGUCGCAGUGAUUAGAGGCAAUGAGGUCAUCGAGGAUCACAGCCAGGUCGAUACUGGAAGGGAGGUUACCUUUGUUGGAGUCUAUGAUGGGCAUGGUGGUCCAGACGCGUCUCGCUACAUAUCUAGGCGACUCUUCCGGACUUUCAUCAGGAUUGCUAAAGAAAAGGGAACCAUUUCUGAAAAUAUUCUUAGAAGUGCUGUUAUGGAGACUGAAGAUGAAUUUCUUAGUUUUGUACGUGGGUCAUUUGGUAGAAAACCAUCAAUUGCAGCAGUUGGAUCUUGUUGCCUGGUUGGAAUUAUAUGGAGAGGAUCACUGUAUGUUGCUAAUUUGGGCGAUUCUCGAGCUGUAAUUGGUAGUCUGGGUGAAUCAAAGAAGGUGGUUGCUGAGCAGUUGACUAGAGAUCACAAUGUAGGUUUGGAGGAGAUCAGAUCUGAAGUCAGGGCAUUACAUCCGGAUGAUCCAUAUAUUGUAGUUGAGAACCAAGGAGCAUGGCGGAUUAAAGGCAUAAUUCAGGUUAGUUUUAAUAUGCACGAUUUCCUCAUUUCAUGCCACAUUACUGGUUAAGGCAUCAGUGUUAAAGCAGCAUAGAUUGUAGAAGAUACCAUUUGCAUUAUUUUACUUUUCUUUCUUUGCAAGUUUGCAACUUUAGGAUUCCUCUUAUAUCAUGCUUGAAUACCAAGAUUGAUAAAUAAGAGCAGCCAGUUACGUAGCGUAGAUAUAUGGAAAUUAGUCUAAAUGAAUUUUAGGUUAUUUA